AUGAGUACAACAGCGUCCGCUAACUCCUCACUUAACACCGAAGACUACCGUCUGGUUGCUCUUAUAUCGCUCAUAUUCGUCCUUAUAGCUGUAAUAAUCAGUGCUUUUAUCUUCAUCUUAGUAUGGCAAACCAAACCUCGCCUACACACGAUCAAUCAUCUACUCAUGUGCAAUACAGCUCUCGCAACUGUUUUCUAUUGUGUCACGAUGAAAGUCAACUUUGCCUAUGUUCUCUUUGGUCAGUGGGAUACGAGUGAUCUCAGCUGUCGAUUCCGUGCAUAUUUUGCUUAUAGUGGAAUUGCCGGAGUCAUCUAUUCAUAUCUUAUCCAAGCGAUUUCGAGAUUUUUCUUCUCCGUGCUUUCGAACAAAUACCGUCGACUGACUUCAUUCAAGACACACUAUAUUCUGAUUAUUUGUCAAUGGCUUGUGGUAUUCUUAGUCACAUCACCUUCAGUUUUGACAAAUGAUAUUUAUUUUGUUCCGCAUGUCUUCUGCUGGGUGCCAUUGGAGCUUGUGAUGCAUCUAGCCUAUACAGCUUUUGCCUAUUACAUUCUACCAGUUGUAGUUAUUGUAACCAUCUAUACAUAUAUUUAUGUACAAAUUCGGAAAGUGAGAGCGAAUGCAACUGCUGCAUCGCAAAACAGUCAAAAACGUGAGCUGGAAUUACUUCAUCGAAUUAUUAUACUUCUCGGUAUCUAUUUAACAGGUGGAAUUCCAUCGCUACUGUUCAUGGUAACAUCUAUUCGACUGAUUUACAUGAUAAAUCUAGUUAGUCCAUCGGUGGUUGUGUGUGUAGAGAAAAUAUGUACGAUUCUGCUUGAUCGGGAGAUGUGUCAAGUGAUUAGAGCAAAGGUCUUUCGAUUAACACCUGUAACACCGUUUGCAACUGGGCUUGUACUGCUAACCAAUGUUCCGACACAGAGAACCGUGAGACAUAAUGUUUAA